AUGAAUGUCCUAAGACGUAGUGUACCUAGAUGUGCGCCUAUAUUGAGGAGAUCCUUCCACUCGUCCUCAUAUUUCCUACAGAAGAACAACAAUUCUGAUGACUACGAGGCUCAAUUAAAGAAAGUAAGACAGAAGUUUGAAAAGAUGUUCAAGAGUCAGGACCUACCGGUUGCAACGCUUCCCGAGAUUCAGCUUCCUAUCGAUCCGUUUGAUAUAAGAUAUCUUGACAGAAUGUCUGUUGUUUACGAGUUUAUGUUACGUGAAUUUGAACGGAAAUGCAACGAGUUUGAAAAGUCCGGUGGGAUUUUAUUGUUGGAGGACAACGUGGCCGAGAAGGAGAUAAAGGAUAUCCAAGAUACAUUCACAAGACAACACCCUAAUUUCUCGCCAUUGACCAAGGAUGAGAUAUUACAAACCGUUCGUAUUUACUAUGUUUUGUCCAAUAAUUUGGAAUACUUGGAUCAAUUAAAGUUUAGCAAUAUGGAUGUACAGAAAUUGUUAACUGAAUUUGACAAAGCAACGACAGAGACCGAAGAUUUGAAUCCUUCUGAUGUAGCUCGCGAUUUGAACAUCAAUCCAAAAGCAGUUCAACUUUGGUUCAAAAUAUUUAGCACACUUCUUGCAACUCCAUUUGCUGUUGAUGGGAAAAAGACAUUUGCACUUUGUCCAAACGAGUACCAAAUCAUCAAUGACUUUCAAAAGCUCAAACAAGUAUUGAAGCAAAGGCACAAUAGCAGUGAUUUAUUCUCCACGUUUUUCAAACAAGCAAAUGAAAAUAACAAGAAUCAGAAUAAGGGCGGUAAAAAGGGUAAAGGGCCAAUCAACAUUGAAGUUGAGUUCACACCCAAACAAAUGGCUCAAGCUGUUGCUUUAAUCUUACUUGUUGUCUUUUUCGUCACUUAUACUAACAGUGACAACGGUAAAGAAAUUACAUUUCAAGAUUUUGUUGCCAAUUAUUUAAGCAAAAAUAUGGUGUCCAAGGUUAUUGUGGUUAACAACUCUGUUGCGUACUUGGAAUUGAAUGAGAACGGUUUACGUCAAAAUCACACCGACAAGUUACAUUUCAGCAUAGGUUCAGUGGAAACGUUUGAACGCAACUUGAGGGAAGCGCAAGACAAGUACAAUAUCCCCCCACAGAUGAGAGUUCCAGUUGUCUACACGACCAAAGGUAACACAACCAAAUUUUUGAUCAACUUUUUGCCAACGGUUCUAUUUUUGGGUGCAAUUUAUUGGAUGACAAAAAAGGCUGCUUCCUCAAUGGGUGGAAUGGGACCUAUGGGUUUUGGAAAAUCUACUGCUAAAAAGUUUAAUCAAGAAACUGAAGUGAAGACAAAGUUCAAGGAUGUUGCUGGUAUGGCUGAGGCUAAACAAGAAGUUACCGAAUUUGUGAGCUUUUUACAAAAUCCUGAUAAAUAUGAGAGAUUGGGUGCCAAGAUCCCCCGUGGUGCUAUUCUUUCAGGGCCGCCGGGAACAGGUAAGACAUUGCUCGCCAAAGCCACAGCUGGGGAAGCUGGCGUUCCGUUUUAUUCUGUAUCCGGUUCCGAAUUCGUUGAAAUGUUUGUUGGUGUGGGUGCCUCACGUGUGCGUGAUUUAUUCAAGACUGCAAGGGAAAAUGCACCAUCUAUUGUGUUUGUUGACGAAAUCGAUGCCAUUGGUAAGCAAAGAUCCAAGGGAAAUGCAACAGGAGCUAAUGACGAAAGAGAAACUACAUUGAAUCAACUAUUGGUUGAAAUGGAUGGGUUUGAUAGUACUGACCACGUCGUUGUAUUGGCUGGUACAAAUAGAGCCGACAUUUUAGACAGAGCAUUAUUGAGACCUGGUAGAUUCGAUAGACACAUUCAUAUCGACAACCCUGAGUUACAAGGGAGAAAGGAGAUUUUUGAUGUUCAUUUGAGAAAAAUUACUUUGGAAAAGGACGUUGAUCGUGAUUUGUCAGGGAGAUUGGCUGCUUUAACUCCAGGGUUUUCUGGAGCUGAUAUUGCCAAUGUUUGUAACGAAGCUGCUUUGAUAGCUGCUAGAUUCAAUGCCGACGCUGUGACUUUGAGGCAUUUCGAAUUGGCAAUUGAAAGAGUCAUUGGUGGAGUGGAAAAGAAAUCUAAAUUAUUGAACCCUGAGGAACAAAGAAUUGUUGCAUUCCACGAAGCUGGCCAUGCAAUCUGUGGUUGGUUUUUAAAGCAUGCACAUCCUUUAUUGAAAGUGUCGAUCAUCCCUAGAGGAAAAGGUACUUUAGGUUAUGCCCAAUACUUACCACCUGAUCAAUACUUGAUGUCCACGGCUCAAUUGUACGAUAGAAUGGUUAUGACUCUUGGAGGGAGAGUUUCAGAGGAGUUACAUUUUGCCUCGGUGACUGGAGGUGCACAUGAUGACUUUAAAAAGGUUACCAAUAUCGCCCAGUCAAUGGUGUUACGAUUUGGUAUGUCGCCCAAAAUUGGAAUGGUUAAUUAUUACGAUACAAGGUCACAAGACGAUUUGACUAAGCCUUUCAGUGAGGAGACCAGUAGAGAAAUUGAUGCUGAAGUGAAACGAAUUGUAAAAGAAUGUCAUGAUAAAUGUAAGCAAUUGUUGACCGAAAAAGCUAAAGAGGUUAAAUUGGUGGCUGAAGAAUUAUUAAAGAAAGAAUUCAUCACUAGAGAAGAUAUGAUAAGGUUAUUGGGUAAAAGACCAUUUCCGGAAACUAAUGAUGCCUUUGACAAGUAUCUUGAUGGUAAGGAUGCGUUCAAGAAUAUAAAGCCAGAGAAUGAAAAGAAGGACAGUGAGAAGAACAAUGAGGAGAAGAAGGACGAUGGUGAAGAGAAAAAGUAA